UUGGCCCAACAGCGACGUCGGUUUGUUUACAUGUUCUCCACGUGGUCUCGGAGGGGAACAAGAUAUAAGGCCAACCACCAUCAUGAAAGCUCCUAAAGUUCCUGUAACAGCUGUAGCAAUGUACCGAGGACCAACGGUCAAAGAUGGAGGUAAGAUCAAGAAGAACACAAAGAAGAAGGGCGGCCCCCUGGGCUCGACAGCGGCCAGUAACGGCAAGGCAAAUGGCACAAAAGGCAAGCAGAAGGGAAACAGGACUAUGCCUCGGUGGAAGGUGGUGUCCAGGGAGGCCGUUUCGUUGGGCCAAAAGGUUUCGUACAAGAAGAAGCCAAAGAGCAACAAAGGAAAGCAGGUCGGCAAGGAGAACGUUAACGAGAAGACCCCCAAGAAGCAGCAGAACAAGCCGAAGACAGACAGCGAGCCGAUAAGCGAGAAUAAGGCUGAAGAGAAGAAGGCGAUUGAGAAUAAGAAAGUGAACAAAGCAAAGAAAGCCCAGGGAAAGAAGAAGAAGGGUGCCAAGCAACAGAAUGGAGCCACGAACGGGGAGAAGGCCACCGAGGAGGUAGCAGAAGAGUUGGAUGAGAACGAAAUGGAUGUUGAAACACUGUCUGGUGAGGACAUUGAAGCUAGGAACACAGGGGACAGCCGAGAGGAGGGACAGCAGUCCUUCCAGUGGAUGAUUCAUCCGUACUCAGAGGAAGACUUCUUUAGCAAGUACUGGGAACAAGGCCCCCUGCACAUUAAACGUAAAAGUGGCUACUAUGAGGGUCUCUUUACUACGGCUGAUUUGGACAGGAUCCUCCAUAAUAACGUUGUGCAGUACACCAAGAACCUGGACAUCACGUCGUACAGCAAUGGCAAGCGGGAGACGCACAACCCUAUAGGCCAAGCUCACGCACCUGUGGUCUGGGACUACUACAACAACGGCUGCAGCGUGCGCAUGCUCAAUCCACAGACCUUCCACGCUCGUGUUUGGAAGCUGCUCGCGACCCUCCAGGAGUACUUCAACUCAUUCUGUGGUGCCAACGUAUAUUUAACUCCACCUGAUACCCAGGGCUUUGCACCUCACUGGGAUGAUAUUGAAGCCUUUAUCCUCCAGCUGGAAGGGAAGAAGAGAUGGCGUGUUUACAAGCCUAGAAUUGAGGAGGAGGUGCUCCCCGUAGAAUCCAGCGGCAACCUGGAUGAAAAUGAGAUCGGCGAGCCCAUUCUUGACGUGACCCUGGAGGAGGGCGACCUGCUCUAUUUCCCCCGCGGCUUCAUCCACCAGGGACAUGCGGUCGAUGGCCACCACUCCCUGCACAUCACAGUGUCCUCAUACCAGAAGAACACUUGGGGUCAUUUUCUACAGAAGAUGCUCCCACAAGCGGUGAGCGUAGCGAUGGCAGAAGACGUAGAGUUCCGGAAAGGCUUGCCACGUAACUACCUUAACUGCAUGGGAAUUGCCAACAUGGACCACAACAUCGAAGGUCGCGAGGCUUUUAUUAAGAAGGUUGGGGAAAUGGUGGGGCGGAUGCUGGAAAUGGCCCCCUUAGACGCAGCUGUUGACCAAAUGGGAACUGGAUUCAUACACGACUGUUUACCCCCAUUCCUUACUGGUGUGGAUAAAUCAUGCAGCGUGUAUGGAGGCGGGGAAAAGUGGUGCCCGUCCAAGAAAAGGGUUGUGAAUCGUGUAGAGUUGGGUCCUGACACUCCUGUGAGAUUGAUCCGAGGAAAUUGUCUUCGCGUUGUCGUCGAAGCAGACAAUGUGCGCUUGUACCACACACUUGAAAAUAGCCGCGAAUACCAUGCAGAAGAGCCACAAUUCCUUGAAAUAGUGCCAGAGAGUGCGCCAGUGGUGGAAGCCCUCAUUCAUGCCUAUCCAAAAUAUAUUACGAUCGAAAACUUGCCUCUUGAGGAAGAGAGUGAGAAGAUGGCAGUCGUAAGUGGCUUGUGGGAGAGAGGUCUUCUGGUAACAUCCCAACCCCUAGACGCUUCGUACGAUGACUAACCUGCGUGUAAAGUUAAUUGUUUGGAAGUGGAGUGGAUGAAGUACUCGAAAAUUAUCUGUGAAAUUACUUGUGAAACUUGGUGACAACAAUAAUGAUUUGUUGAUGGAACUGGA